UCCCGCGACGGCUGCUCAGACGCUGCGUCUCCACCAUGCCCUGCCAGCUGCUCAAAUGCGACCCCGCGACCAUCUCGUUUGGCGCGAGAGACACGCCCGAGAUUUCGUCUGACGCAACGCGCGACGCGCUGAAUAUCGCCAGUCAUAAUCUUAUCACGCUCCGGAGACCUGUCGUAUUCCCUACGGAGACUGUGUAUGGACUCGGCGCGCUCGCUCUCGAUAGCUCGGCGGCGUCUCUGAUCUUCAGCACGAAGGGACGGCCAGCCGACAAUCCCCUCAUCGUGCACGUCUCGUCCAUGUCUAUGUUACACUCUAUACUUCCCCCGGACUAUACCUUCCCCCCGUCUUACCAAGUCCUCAUGAAGCAUUUCUGGCCCGGCCCUCUCACCAUGCUCUUCCCCCGUCACGCCGCCAUCGUCCCCGACAUCAUCACAGCCGGUCAGGACACCGUCGCCAUCCGAAUGCCCUCCCAUCCCGUCGCACGCGCGCUUAUCGCAGUCGCGAACGCACCGCUAGCCGCGCCGAGCGCAAAUUCGUCCGGGAAGCCCAGUCCCACCCGUGCCGAACACGUGUACCGCGACCUGGGGGACAAGGUCGACGUGAUAUUGGACGGAGGGCCGUGCGGUGUCGGGCUAGAAAGCACUGUGGUAGACGGCCUCAACGCCGACGGCCACCUCCGCGUACUACGUCCAGGCGGUGUGACGGUAGAAGAUCUUGAACGGACGCUGCGGGAGGAGCUCCAGGCGAGCGGAAGCGUGCCACGCGUCCUUGUCCACCGACGCGACUAUCGCGAUGAGGCGAUGGAGGCGGCGCCGACGACGCCAGGGAUGAAGUACAAGCACUACUCGCCGUCUGUACCUGUGAUCCUCGUGAACACAUUAUCCAACCCAUCCGAGCCCAAGCAGCGGCAGACAAUCGAUAGUCUUGUAGCGUCACUACAAGCUCGAUAUCCCGCCCGGCCCAUCCACGCCGGCCUCAUGACGCCGGACGACUCUCGAUUGGCACAAGUCCUUCACACCCACGAGAGCAUCUCGUGGCGGCUCUUCCCCUUGGGCAAAGUCUCCGAGCCGGCCGUCAUAGCACAGCGAUUGUUCGAUGGUUUCCUCACUCUGGACCGCGAAGGAGUGGACGCCAUACUGAUAGAGGGCGUAGCAGAGGAGGAGGAGGGUCUGGCAGUCAUGAACCGCGUCCGCAAGGCAGCUGGCGAGACAGUCUGGGUGUCGCUCUGAUGCGCUUCUCAGCUAUUUCAUGCCUGCCCGCAAACACGCUGCCCGCCCACGGAGACACGCACCAAACCCUAUAUCCCCGAAUGCCUAGGUACGCCUCAUGUGCCCACUAUUCGGUACUUCCCUUACCAACUUGCGAUAGAAAAUGUGAUACACGCGGCGGC